UGCUUUACUAAUUUGCCACUUGCAAGCUAAACAGUCCUAAUACACAGGAAAACCCACAGCCUAUGACAGUGACCUUUCAUUACAGUUAUGGUGUGUAACGAAUAGAGUAUGUCUGCACUAGCUUAUGUAACAAGGGCAUCUCGCCCUAGCAGUACAGGCAAAUAUGUCAAAUAGGUAGCAAACACAUAGCAGACAAACAGCAGUUAAAACCCGACCUAGGCUUUACAAAAUGUCCCCUUGAGGAAAUUACAUAAAGUCACUUAGCUUUUUCACUUUAAAGUGAAAAUAUCUGGUGCGGCUGUCCGUGCGAAUUACAUAACAUCGCCGGCUGCAGCUCUUCCACUGGCUGAACUCCCAACGCCAUCCGCAGCCCACAGGAAGGGGCGGAGCGCCCCAUCCGCCAGCGCCACACCGGAGCGAGCGGCCGCGGCGGGGCGCGCAGAUGCGAGCUGGGCGGCCGCUUUUCCCGCGGGUCCCGGCUGCGCUGGGAGGCUGCGCUGGGAGGCUGCAGGGGCCUUCGGCUUCGGACGCUGGGCGGGCGCUGACGGCUGCUCCAUGGCCCCCGCCGCCGCUCCGUCCUCCCUGGCCGUCAGGGCCUCAAGCCCAGCAGCCGCCCCCUCCUCGUACGGGGUCUUUUGCAAAGGACUCUCCCGCACCCUCCUCGCCUUCUUCGAGCUGGCCUGGCAGCUGCGCAUCAACUUCCCCUAUUUCUACGUCGCAGGCUCCGUGAUCCUGAACAUCCGCUUACAGGUACACAUAUAAAGCCGUGAGCAAGCUGAGGGACUCCGGAAGCCACCAGGAUGGCGGACUCUCGGGAGGCCCGCGGCGCUGUGAGCCUCGCUCUCGCGAGAUUUCGCCGGCGCCAACUGCGCGUGCGCUGUCGCUCCGCGCGGUCCCCGGGACGGUGGACGGAGUGCUGUAGACACUGCCUAGGGGAGAUGCGGUUGUGGGAAGGAGGCCCUUCAGCUGAGACCCGCGGACGUGGUUGAGAAGCUGCGUAUCUUGAAUAUGAACUUCGGACAGAUUUCGGGACAAGAGAAAGGCCGCAGGUUGCAUUAU